GAUCGGUUGUCAUCAGUCAGCUGUUUGCAAGUUUACAGUUCAAACGUUCUGCGCAGUGGAAACACAGAUUUUCGGAACCCUUCGCCAAGAUGUAUUCCAAGCUGAUUGUCCUUGCCGGAGUGGUGUUCUGCCUGGCUGCAGCUGCACCACCGAAGAAAGCGGUUCGUGCCGCAUCCGGUGGCCCGGACAGUGACGCAACGGUGAUCCAGCAGGACCAGAUCAUCAACGACGAUGGAUCGUACAACUUUGUGUUUGAGACGAGUAACGGCAUCCGGGCGCAGGCCAGCAGCUCGGAUGGUAUCCGUACGUCCGGGGACUUUUCCUACCCCGCACCGGACGGUACAAACAUUGCGCUGGUUUACGUAGCCGACGAGUAUGGGUUCCAGCCGCAGGGAGCCCAUCUGCCGGUAGAACCCCCAGCGCCGGACCACGUCAUCAAGCAGCUGGAGGACAUUCGCGCCAACCCACCGAACGAUCCGGACUUUGAUGCUGCCUUCCUGGACGCUGAAAUUGCGCGGCUUCGGGCCACCCAGGGUUAGACGGACGGGCGCUGCACGUCCUGUUAGUUAAGUUAGUCAGCUAAGCCUGUGUGUUGUAGUCAAAUUUUUCAAUCGCUUAAUAAACAAAACAUGAAACUUUAAUUAAAAAAGAGAGUUUAC